AUGGCAAGAGAGUAUUCCUCUCCUGAAGACCCUAGAGCAGUGGUCACCAACCUUUUUAGGCCCAAGAUCCCUGACAUAAAUUCUCAAGAGAACGUCUCUGAAUUAACUGAUGCACGCGCCCCCCUUGACAAGAAUAAGCAGUUAAGGUCAGAGAUUGUGGUUGUUGCAUCUGAAUUAGUACACUGCUCUGUGUGCUCUACCAUCCAGAAAAAACCCUCUUCUCAUGCAUCAGAUGUGUUGACUGCUGUGACAAUGGUGGAACAAGAGAACAAGAGGUCUGUUGAACGCAACAUUGUGCACUGUUUGCGGUGCCACAAGCCACAGGAGAGCCUCCCUGUUCACCUGGCCAGGGUGUGCAUGAAAAAAAGCACAGCAGAGGAGAGAUCGGAUGAGGUGCAGAAGGCCAAGGCUUCCAGCAGAGAGUGGAUCCGGAAGAACAGGACCUGGAAUUACGAGCAGCUCCGUGAGCUCCUGCCUGACAGACGCUCUCGGAUCACCAUGGUCGAGGAGCUUCUUCGCCGUGGUUUCUUCAUCAGGAACCAGCCCGAGGAGUCCGACAUGGUCUUGGACCCUGAAGGUGACUCGGCCUCUGUUGAUGCUGCCACCACCACCGCCGAAUCCUCCGGAGAUCCUCAAACCAUAUCCCAUUCUGUGAGGAUAAAGAUGAAGGAGGUGGGUCUGCAUGACAAGUUCCCUGCUCGGGCCAAGCUCCUGGUGGGCUUUAAAAAGUACCUGACUGUGUCAAGGAAGGUCUCCAACUGGCAACAGGAGGUUGACAACGUGUCCCGUUUCCUUCGGUACUUGCAGCCCACUGGGAGUGAGCCGUCUCUGGACUUCCUGUCAAAAAGCAGAGAGACCCGGGACUUUCUGACGGCCCUGAAGCGCACUGACAUGUCUUUAGCCAGCAUCCACAAUUACAUCAAGAGCAUGAAAAGGUUCUUAGAGUACUUGACGCCAAGGCUGGACAUUCAAAAAAGAGACCCGCAGCUGCGGACCAACUGCCAGAGAUACAUUAACAUGCUGAAGACCCUGCGGAAGACUGUACUCAAGAGACGUGAUGACAAGACGUGUGACCCGAGACCUGAUGGCACUCCCUGCAUUAAAGAUUGCCAGAAGAUUUUGAGAGUGGCAAAGCCAGACUUCCUCAGGAUCCAUGAGAAUCUGCUUAUGGGCAAAGUGGUCUCAAAUACAGAGAAGACGCUGUACCGCUAUUACUGCGAGGCGCUCUUGGUCUUUCGUCACAUGCAGAGUCCAGGAGCUGUGGAAGGCUUGACAGAUGCAGACUGGGUAGAUAGGAUUGCACAAGGUGGCAGGGUGGUGACUGGCGUAAGGAAGGAGAAAAUGGCAAGUAUGCAAAUCGCCUUGACACAAGACGAGGAAGCUGGGAGACACCAUGAACAAGAAGGUGGUUCACCCAGGGCGAGGCUCGGCCAUUGCACUCCGGCCGUGCUGACCCCUGCAAAUUCCCCAAAUGUGGGCCGACAGGCAUGGGGGGUAUUCCCCAUGAAUAAAGGCUCACUGGCAACAGUGGGCUCCGGGAUGGCAUCCGGCGGCAACCUGUGCUGGUGGUGGGAACUGUCAGGAAAUUGGGACGUCUUGUUAUGA